AUGGCCGGCCUCUUCUUCUGGCGCGUAGGCGCCCUGUAUGGUGCGACAGCCGUGGCGAUGGGCGCCUUUGGGGCACACGGCCUGAAAAAACAUAUCACCGAUCCGCGGAAGCUCAACAGCUGGUCCACGGCCGCCCACUACCAGCUCGCUCACUCGGUUGCUUUAUUGGUGGCGCAUGGCCAUCCUGUGGCUGGCUCGCUCUUUACGGCCGGCAUGACCUUGUUCAGCGGCAGUAUCUAUGCCCUAACGCUCGAUCCCGAGCGCUUUAAGUGGAUGGGGCCCGUGACGCCCGUCGGUGGACUGUGCUUUAUCCUCGGGUGGCUUUCACUGAUCUUUAGCCGUGGUGCCGUCCUGCGCAUUUGA